AUGGUGGCUCAGACUGAUCUUGCAUCAUAUUUCUAUCAAAGAAAGUGGGAUAUCCAAGCAUUUUAUGGUGCUCUGUCCUUCACUGUUAAUUCAAAUGAGGCUCCAGGUUUUCAACAAUUUCUUCAGACUAUAAACCCUUUCUUAUCAAGAGAUGAUGGUUUUAUCAAAAUUGUGUGGGCACAUGCAUUUGAUUGUGUGUUUCCCAAACUGCCUAUAACUGAGGAAACCAAUGACCUCUGUAGUGGGCAGGAAAAGCUGGAGACACUUCCUGGAGCUUUCUUUGAAAUGACUAUGAGUAGUUAUAGCUAUGGUGUAUAUAAUGCAGUGUAUGCAGUAGCACAUACUAUACAGGCCAUGUGGUCAUGUCUCUUCAGACAGAGAAGAAAUGGAGAAAAAGCAUUUCUUCAAGAUCUGCAGCCAUGGAAGCUCCACUCUUUCUUGAAAAAAAUCGUAUUUAACAAUAGUGCAGGUGAUCAGGUUUCUUUUGACGAGAAUGGAGAAUUGACAAGUGGAUUUGAUAUUGUAAACUGGGUCACAUUCCCAAACCAAUCCAUUCAUCAUGUCAAAGUUGGAAAGAUAGUGCCUUGGGUUUCUUCAAGCAAGAACUUUAAUAUCCAGGAUGAUGCCAUUACAUGGCCCAGCAGUUUUAACCAGACCCUGCCCAUUUCAUCAUGUACAAACACCUGUCUCCCUGGUUACUUCAAACAAAAGCAAGAAGGAAAGCAAUUUUGCUGUUAUGAUUGCCUCCUGUGUCCUGAAGGGAGAAUUUCAAGCCAUCAUGACAUUGAUGCCUGCUCUGAAUGUCCACAAGAUCAAUUUGCAAGCAAGAAGCAUGAUUCAUGCAUUAUGAAGACAUUGACUUUCUUAUCCUAUGAAAAUUAUUUGGGAAUGAGCUUAGCUAUAUUGGCCAUUUCAUUUUCUCUCUUCACUCUUUUGGUGCUAGUAACAUUUGUGAAACAUCACAACACUCCUAUUGUCAAAGCCAACAACCGGGAUCUCACCUAUAUGCUCCUUGUCUCUCUAUUGCUCUGCUUCCUUUGUACAUUUCAGUUCCUCAUUCCACCUGGGAAUAUAAUUUGCCUCUUCCGACAAAUCAGCUUUGCCAUUGUCUUCUCUAUGGCUGUAUCUUGUGUGUUGGCAAAAACCAUCAUUGUGCUUUUAGCAUUCAUGGCCACCAAACCAAGAUCCAGGGUACGGAAGUGGGUGGGGAGAGAACUGGCCAUUUCUAUUGUCCUUUCUUGUUCUCUUAUUCAGGCAGUCAUUUGUACAAUUUGGUUGGCAACAUCUCCUCCCUUCCCAGAUAUGGACUUACAUUCAGAAACUGCAGAAAUUAUACUGCAAUGCAAUGAAGGCUCAGUAACUAUGUUUUACUCUGUCCUGAGUUAUAUGGGUUUCCUGGCAGCUUCCAGUUUUACAGUAGCAUUUCUUUCUAGGAAACUCCCCAGCAGUUUCAAUGAAGCAAAAUUUAUCACUUUCAGCAUGUUGAUCUUUUGUAGUGUUUGGGUGUCAUUUGUUCCAAGCUAUUUGAGCACCAAGGGAAAAUACAUGGUGGCCGUGGAGAUCUUUUCAAUCUUGGCCUCAAGUGCUGCACUACUGAGUUGCAUCUUUUUUCCAAAAUGUUUCUUAAUUUUUCUGAGGCCGAACUUAAAUAUCAGGGAAGAGUUAAUAAGAAAAAAACAUUGA